AUGCUGGAAACUUCGCAGGCCAACGCGCUGGUCUACUCCACGCUAUGCGGCUUCAUGCUUGUCGGUCUCUAUGCCGGCUUCAAGGUUCGCAACACCACCGAUUUCCUUUCGGGUCUCCGAACGCAGAGUGCGGACUCGAACGGAUGCACACAAAGAGGCAGGCAGGCCGGCCGCCCGUGGCGAUGCGGGUCUUGCCGCAACAUGCUGUCUCGAUAUGACAGGGUCUGCCCGCCUGCUGCGGUCUCGCCGUCGUUGAAGGCGACCGCAGGGCAGAGGCAAGGCAGGCUCGAGGGAAGACCAGAACCAGUGGAGCUUCCGCCUCAAUACUGCCCGGUGUCUCGUCGAAACGAGAUUGCUGCAGACGAUCUCGCUGCUGGCGGCGGAGACAAUAGGCUUCAUCCGGACAGCAACACGGCCUCGUAG